CAUUUUUUCCUUCGUUUUCCAGCACAGAUUAUCCAGCAAUGUCCACAGAUCAACUCUUUAAUGUUCCACUGAAACCGCUUGAUGCAUCCGCUAUCCCUGUUCAUCCAACGGGAAUUGCACUGCAACGCUCGGUAGAAGGCACUGGCGGUGUGCCGCUAUUGUUUAAGCAAAUCAAAAUUAGAGAUGUACAGUUGAAGAAUAGGGUGAUUGUGAGCCCCAUGUGUCAGUAUAGUGCAGUCGAUGGUUUUAUGAACACCUGGCAUAUGACGCAUCUAGGCCAAUUCGCAACCCGUGGAGCCGGCCUCGUUAUUUUUGAAGCGUCAGCCGUCAAAGAACACGGUCGCAUUACACCCAACGACGCCGGAAUCUAUCUCGAUGAGCAUAUUGCACCCAUGGCGCAGAUUGUGGCCUUCCUGCACACGCAAGGCACGAAAGCCGGUCUUCAGCUGGCCCACGCGGGAAGGAAAGCUAGCUGUUAUUCCCCGUUUCGGACACAUGGGGAGCAUACGGUUGUUUGUCCAAAGGAAGAAGGAGGGUGGCCUGAUGAUGUGAUUGGUCCGUCUCCUAUUCAGCAAUGGGAGGGUGGACCGCAGGUGCGAGAGGCGACAAAAGAGGACAUUCGAAACGUUAUUAAGGCAUUUGGAGAAGCAGCAAAGCGGGCGGACAAGGCUGGUUUUGACGUUGUAGAGAUUCAUGGUGCCCAUGGGUACCUCAUCAACUCCUUCCUCUCGCCACUCUCCAAUCAACGAACAGACGAGUACGGCGGGUCCUUUGAGAAUCGUAUUCGCCUUUUAUUGGAGAUUACCGAGCACACACGCAGCGUUUGGCCAGCUAGUAAGCCCCUCUUUGUACGCCUCUCCUGUACUGACUGGGCCGAUGGUGGAUGGACUGGCCAAGAUACAGUCCGUCUUGUGCCCUACUUGCGUGAUCGUGGGGUAGAUUUGAUCGAUUGUUCCUCGGGCGGAAACGUACCCUGGCAGAAAGUACCAAGCCAUGAACAAGGCUGGAACGUCCCCUUUUCCCGGGAUAUUAAACAAAAUGUGAAGGAUAUCAUGACUGGUCCUGUGGGCGGUAUUGUUGAUUAUAGAUUUGCGGAAUGUGUUUUGCAAAAGGGGGAGGGAGAUGUCAUUUUUAUGGCUAGAGAAUUUUUGAGGCAUCCUACUUGGGUUCUGGAUGCUGCUGACGAUCUUGAGGUUGAGGUUGCAUGGCCAGUGCAGUAUGAGAGAUCAAAGAGGUUCGCUCAUGGUCAUACAAAGCAUUGACUAGAUGGGGAGGGAUCAGAUUGGCUAUGGUAUAUUCGCAUCACACAUGUUACUGAAUCGCAGUAUUACAUUCCCCUUCAAUAUGGAAUAGUGAUGGAAACCUGACAUUGUGCAAGGUUGCUGAUGAAUACACACCGAUGUGGCGAG